AUGGCUUUGGAUCAGUUCACGCCACCGGAGAAGUUAAACUUCAAAGUGCCAGAAGAAUGGCUGAAAUGGGAGAAACGCUUCCAAAGAUUCCGGGUAGCCUCCAGUCUUGUGGAACAAGACCAGGCUUUACAAGUAUAUACCCUGAUAUAUGCAAUGGGCCAAGAGGCCGAAGAAAUUUUUAGUGCCUUUGAACUGUCCGAGGAAAAAUCAAAAACCUACCAGGUAGUGAAAGAACGUUUUGAUAGUUAUUUCAUCGUUCGUCGUAAUGUUUUCUUCGAGCGUGCAAAAUUCAAUCAACGUAAACAAAUGGAGGACGAACACGUGGAAACAUUCAUUACCUCACUUCAUGCACUGUCGGAACAUUGCGGAUACAGAGUAUUGAGGGAAGAGAUGAUCAGAGACAGGUUAGUGGUCGGGUUGAAGAACAUAAGAUUGUCUGAAAAAAUACAAUUAGACGCGAAUCUCGCAUUCGAGAAAGCUUUAACUCAGGCUCGUCAGAGUGAGGCAGUUAAGAAACAACAGUCGGUUGUCCGUAACGUUGAACCAAGUCAGAUACCUGUGAAUGUUGAUAGACUUAGUAAACAAGAUAAACACCGGAGACAACGAUUUCCUACAAAGCAAAAACCUAAUGUACACAUGAGUGAUAAUCAAGAUCACUGUGGUCGUUGUGGCUAUAGAGCACGACAUGCUUUAGCACAGUGUCCAGCUAAAGAUGCAAAAUGUUACAGCUGUCAAGGAAUCGGACACUUCAGAAAAUUUUGUAGAAGUAAACACACCGGUAAGAGACCAUUACAGUACGGGUCCCGAGAAAAGAAAAAAAUUCACGAGGUCACCGCAGGAAGUGAUUCCGACGAAUACGACUAUGAUGACGCAUUUCUAGGAUCGGUAUCUACAGAUAAAGAGUUCAAUGAACUGGUCUAUAAACCUUUAUCUGGAAAACAGAAAGGUCACCUUUAA